AUGGCGACGAUCUGGUGGCCGGACCUCCCGCCCGAGCUGUUGGGCGCCGUGCUCUCGCGCUUGCCGUCCUACCUCGAGCACGUCCGCCUCCGGGCCGUGUGCGGCUCCUGGCGCUCCAGCGCGCGGACGCAGCAGCCGUCGCCGCUGCUCCCGUGGGCCGGACUCCGCAGCGGCGCCUUCCUCGACCUGGCCGAGGGUGCGCUUGACCGUCUGCCCGUCCCAGAAGCCGACGUCGUCCGCCGGGUCUCCACAGGCCGUCUGCUGUUCCUGGUGCGCCGCGACGGCCGGUGCUUCCUGAUGGACCCUCACUCCGGCGACGCCACCCCUCAGCACAUCGAGCCCGAGUACCUCUGUGCCAGCCUCCAGUUCAGCGACUUCUUACUGGUGCACCCCCGCUCCUCCGGGGACACGACUGCCCCUCAACAGAUCACCCAUCUUGUCGCCGAUAGCAUCCGCAAGGUCGUCGUGUCCGAUGACCUCGUCGCCGUUCUCAUCAGGCGUUUGCACACGAGCAAUAACGUCGGCAUCUAUACUCGUGGCGGAACAAUGCGCAUGGCGUGGGCGCCUCCUCCUGAGUUCCCCGGACGCGCCGUCGACAUGGCGCUCUUCAAAGGGAAGCUCUACGUGCUCGCGUCAGAAGUGCAGCGCCGGAGCUACGAGCUCCACGCCCUGGACAUGGCCACCGGAGAAUCCGUCCAAUGCAUACCUAGCAGCACGCCGCCAACAAGAGCCGAUGAGGGCUACAACCGCGUACGCGAGGUCCGCUUCUACCUGGUCCCCUCCGGCGACCGCCUACUCAUGGUCGAACACACAAUUGACCACAUGACGUAUCAACAGACGUAUUUGCCGUCUCAGUUUGAGGUCUUCGAGGCGGCCGACCUGGAGCUGGGCGACGGCCAUGGACGGUGGAGGGAGGUUGAUACGCUCAUGGGACGCGCCCUCUUCGUCAGCCAGGGAUGCUCCGAGUCACCCCCGGCCAGCGGCAUCGGGGCUAGAGAAGAUUGCAUCUACUUUAUGAGCGAGCGUGAAAGGCUCGGCCCAAUGGCCAGGGACGCUACCAUGACGGAGCUCGAAUCGGGGGUGUACAACAUGAGAGAAGGGAUGAUAAUAACGCCGUUGCCACCGUUGGAGACGGCGACGGAAGCGUCGGUGGACGGUCCAUGGUCUCCCACUUGGCUUUUCCCACCGGCGAUUUGA